AUGGGAAACUUGAUCGACGGUGGAAAUGAAGGGUAUCUUGGUGUCGCAUCGGGCGCGUCUUUCUUACAUCUCACCGAAGUAGGACAACCGCUUGAGAGCGAACAUACCGAAGACAGAGGACCAGCCAAUGUUGCUCCAGCACCACCUGUCCAGCAAAUUCCUCCGCCCUCUCAACUCGAUUCUUUCAUCGACGACUACUUCAGCAUUUAUCACCCUUCUUAUCCUAUCAUACAUGAGGCUACCUUCCGAGCCGAAUACAUGGAAGUCAUUCCACGGCCACCAGGCAACCUGUGGUAUGUUCUUCUUCAUGUCGUCUCGGCUCUUGGUGCGUGCACUUCCGGGAAGUAUCCAUCCGGCACAGAUGCCGCGCUGUUUGAGGCGGCGAAAAGCAGACUGUCUUUCGAUAUUCUGGAGACAGGAAGCAUGAUGCUCGUGCAAGUACUCGCCCUUGUUGCGAACUAUGUACAAAAGGCCAACAAACCGAAUUCCGGCUACAAUUACCUGGGCCUGGCCAAGCGCGUAGCGGUCGGCAUUGGGCUCCACAGGGAGUAUGCAGAUUGGACUGUCAGUCCUUGGCAGAUUGAAAUGCGCCGUCGAGUGUGGUGGGGCCUAGCUAUUUUUGAUACUGGCGCAUCCAUAACAUUCUCACGGCCAAUCGACCUGCCAGCAGGUGUGGAUGUUGGCCUCCCCAGGAAUUUCCGAGAUACGGACCUCACAAGAGCUUCCACUCAGUUUCCGGAUGAAGCUGCUGAGACGACAGUGUACACCAAUUUCCGCUGUCAAGCUCUUUUCAAUUUGGCUAUCCAGGAUAUUUUCGCCGCUCUCAUUAGCGGAACGUAUCCCCCACCAGAUGUGCUUCUCCGACUUGAUGACUCUCGCAUUGGAGGUUGGAUGGCAGAGCUCCCGCCAUAUUUCAAAGAGGAGGCAGCUCAAGCACCCAAGUUUGCCCUUUGUCAUGCCAUCUUGCAUCUGCGGUGCCGAAACUUUAGGAUAAUCAUGUAUCGACCGUUCGUCAUCAGAUCGGCAAUCCUUCAAAACAAAGCUCGCGCCGCAAGAUUCGAUGAUGAACAGUCUCAUCGAAGCGACCCUGCCUCCCCCAUCGGCCUGGCUAUCCAGCGAUGUCUCCAAGCAGCUGCCGAGACGAUCAAUACAACAUCGGCGCUGUGGUUUGGAGAGGGGAAUUUCAAUAACGCUGCCAACCACAAUACUCCUAUGGCAUGUUGGUACGGGAUAUAUUUUAUUUUCCAGGCUGUCAUCAUCCCCAUCGUGUCUCUGCGGAAUGAGCCGCAGUCCGAACGAGCGGACGAAUGGCGGCGGCUGGUGCAUCAAGCUGUGCGGACGCUGGAAGAUAUGGUGCAGAUCAAUCCGACAGCGGCGCGGUGCCUGCGUACCAUCGCGCGAUUGUGUGGGCCAUUUCUGUUGGGCAACGAGGUUGUCGCAACAGAAGAAAGUCCGCAGACUCAACUGAACGAUUUGAAUUCGCUGCUGUGGCCCCUUGACUCAACACAGUUUGGAUACGAGGCAAUACCGGGUGACGGGGGUAUCAGUGAUUUCUUCAAUCAGCUCCCAGGAUUCCAGUGGGAGUGA